CAUGUUCUCCUCCAACGUCUAAAUAUACAUGAACACACAACACACAGCAGCCUGAUACUUAUUUAUACACUCUCACACUCGUGUUCUGCUUCUGAAAAGUGUACAAUUCAGACAGAAGCAUUGGGACACAUGACUUCUCCACACAUAGGUGUUUCUUCUCCAUGAAGUUGGAGGCACUCAGAUGUACAGAACGUCUUAGUUUAUUGUGCGGUGGUGAAUCGAUUCCUCUAAUCGACUCGUUUUAGAUUCAUUCUCCGUCUCUGACAGCGGAAGGGUGUUAGAGGAACGUUCGGGGAACCUCGUCGGAGUCUCGUGUGUGAAUGUGUGUGUGUGUGUGUGUGAGUGUGUGUAAGGAGAGACGAUGGAGUUUUCAGAGCACAUUAAGACGGCCAAUGUGGAGGACGUGGUGCUGAGAGUGGGCUUCCGAGCGCCCCGGAGCGGAGCGUUGUGUGUGACCGGACACCACCUCCUGUUCUCGGACCGGGAGGAGGACAGCACCUGGCAGCUCCUGCUGCUCAUCAGGAACAUCGAUGCCAUCGAGAAAAGUGUUGAGAACCUUCUAGGAUAUCCUCAGGGCUCCAAAGCAAGCCAGAAGCAAAGACCAAGCGGGUCAUCUGGAAGCAUUGUGAUCAAGUGUAAGGAUCUGCGUGUCCUCCAGCUCGACAUUCCUGGCAUGGAGGAAUGCCUGAACAUCGCCAGCUCCAUCGAGGCUCUCUCCUCUAUAGAGAAUGUGACUGAAAUGUACCCGUUCUUCCAUCGACCUCGUGGGCUCCGGCUGGGUGACCCCUGGGGUUUAUCAUCUACUGAGCAGGAGUACACACAUACAGAGAGACUGUGGGACAGAUGGAGGCUGAGCAGAGUGAACCAGGAUUUCUCGGUGUGUCCCUCGUACCCGAGCGCCGUGAUCGUCCCGAGCUCGGUGGAUGACGAGGUUCUGGUGAAGGCGGCCCGGUUCCGUCAGGGUGGUAGAUUCCCCGUGCUCUGCUACUGUCACCACCGCAACGGCAUGGUGAUCAUGCGGAGCAGCCAGCCCCUGACAGGAGCCAAUAAGAAGCGCUGUUGUGAGGAUGAGCUCCUUCUCCAGAUGGCGAUCGACCAAUCAGAGCUGGGUUACAUUGUGGAUACGCGCUCUUCCCAGCACGCUCAGCACGCCAGGCUGAGCGGCGGAGGGUUUGAGUCUAAAUCCUGCUACCGACCCUGGAGGAGAUUACACAGACACAUGGAGAGGGGUAAGGUAUUACAGGAGAGUUUAAUAAAGCUGGUGGAAGCGUGUGGAGACUCGUCCCACAACAUGGACCGCUGGCUGAGUAAGCUGGAGAACUCGAAGUGGCUGUCUCAUGUUCACAGCGCUCUGUCCACCGCGGGACUCGUGGCCGAGUGUGUAGAGAGAGACGGACACUCGGUGUUGGUUCACGGCUCUGAGGGAACAGAUACCACGCUGCUGGUGACCUCACUCGCUCAGAUCAUAUUAGAUCCUGACUGCAGGACGUUCAGAGGCUUCCUCAGACUUCUGGAGAGAGAGUGGGUACAGGCAGGUCACCCGUUUCAGCAGCGCUGCGCUCGCUCGGCGUACUCUCACGCCCGUCUGAAGUACGAGUGCCCGUCCUUCCUGCUGCUGAUGGACUGUGUGUGGCAGAUCUCACGCCAGUUCCCUCUAGCGCUCGAGUUCAGUGAGGCUCUUCUGCUCAGACUGGGGCAGGAAGCAUACGCCUCUGACUACGGCACCUUCCUGUGUAACAGUGAGCAGGAGCGACACAUUUUCCACGUGAAGGAAAACACACACUGUUUGUUGUGGUUCCUGAUGCAGUGUUCUGAGCGAGAGAAUUACAUCAACCCUCUGUAUGAACACACGCAGCUCGCCAUCUGGCCCUCAGUGCAGCCGCAGUCUCUCCAACUGUGGACCGGACUCUUCCUCAGGUGGACAGAACACACUCAGGUGAUGGAUGAGGCCAGAGAGGAGAUCAGGACUCUAGUCAAUGAGCUGAAAAGAGAUGAGAAGAUGAAGAGCAAUGAUGAAGCCACACACCACCUCCUCACACACAGAGAUGCUCUCACAGUCCUCGAGAACGAAAUGGAUGAACUGACCAUACUCUGAUUAUACUCUCACCAUACUCCCAUCAUACUCUCACCAUACUCUCACCAUACUCCCAUCAUACUCUCACCAUACUCUCACCAUACUCUCACCAUACUCUGUCCACACUCUGUCCACACUCUGUCCACACUCUGAUCAUACUCUGUCCAUACUCUCACCAUACUCUCAGCAUACUCUUACCAUACUCUCCAUACUCUCACCAUACUCUCACCAUACUCUCACCAUAAUCUCACCAUACUCUCCGUACUCUCACCAUACUCUCACCA